AUGCCGCCCCGAAUACCAGUCCGCUUCCCUUGGGCGGCCCGAGAAGCCACGCCCAUGAUCAAUGCCAGCCUGGCGACCCGCUCCUUCUCCUCCACCGCGCCCACUCUCGCCCUCGGCCCUGAGUCUCCCAACUACAUUGAAGUCCCCAAGCCGGCUCAGCCUACGUUUCCCCUCAAGCCUGCCGUCAAAGGACAUCUUCCCGUCCCCCGCGACGUGUUCAAGACGCGAUCGCCUCUGUCCAAGGAGUCGGAAGACUUCAUUGCGCAGGCCACCCAAGAUGCGAAGAAGGUCGCGCGACCAGGACCAUGGAACAAGGAUGCAGAAUACAGGCUAUAUAAGCAGCGGCUAGCUGACGCGAGGAAGAAGGCACUCAGGGAAGGUGUCAAGGAGCUGCACGAGAGGAAGGUCACCACCGAUGAGACCUUUACUGCACAGAUUGAACAAAGCAAUGCGGAGCGGAGACGCCUUGCUAUGGCGCCCCCGAGGGCUGUGGACAUCUUGACACAGACAUCCAUUUCGAAGGGUGUCCGCGACUUCCUCGGUGACGCUCUGCCGAGCACACCGCGCGUGGUCAUCGCUGCGCAACGGAAGAACGCAUAUGAGAAACGCCUGGCGCGGCAAGAGGCUGUGCGCCGGUCACGUCUCCACGAUUUGUACACCAACGCACGAGAAUUCAUUGUGAGCGAGGAGCAGCUGGACGAGGCCAUCGAGAAGGCGUUUGGUACCGACGAGAGGCCUGUGCGCUGGCACGUUGGCGGCCAGACGAGCCCCACGGGCACUGGUGCUAGUCCUUGGGAGGGCGGCGUACCCGAGGGCGUCAGCGAGAGGCUGCAGAAACUCAAGGGAGGCGAGGGGGUCGGUUUGGCCAAGGAGCGCGUCAAGAAGGUGGCGGAGGCCCUUACUGGCGGAAAGAUGUAG